UCUAGUGGACGGGACGCUCCUUCAACAACAACAGCUAGUCAGACACCUCGGUAGCUUUCUAGCAAACAUAGCUACAACAUUCACGCUCUUUACACUGUUUUGGUGUAUAUUAGUCGAUGUGUUUGAAACACACUUCUGUCGUAUGUACUUGUUGGCCCAUUCAAUUAUAUAUGUACGUUGUUUGUCAGCUAGCUGGUUUGCUAAAUUAGCUUAGAACUAGUUCUAAGUUAGCUUAGAACUAGGCUAGUCGCUAAUGCAAGCUAGCUAACAUCUCCGACCAUGAGUUCACUAAGCUACUCUCCUCCUGCUAAAGAAGUGGCAGUCUGCUGGACGGAGAAAGAAGGUAUUGUGAAAGAGGAGGAGGAAGAGGAGGCUGUUACAAUACAAAAACAAGUAGAGGGUGAGGCUGUUACCGUGAAAGAAGAGAAAGACGUUACUGUGAAAGAAGAGGAAGAGGCGUUCAGAGUGAAAGAGGAGGAGGAUGUUACAGUAAAAGAAGAGGAGGAAGAGAAAGAGGAGGAUGCAGUUUUUGGUGUGAAAGAGGAGGGGGAGAUUACUGUCACAUUGGAGGCAGAAGAGGCGGUUGGAGAUCUGUUUAACACCAGAGAGAGACCGGACUAUUGUGGAUCCUCUGGGGAGCAUCAACAACCUCAUGAUGCUGAAGAGGCAGAGAAGAGUCUCUCCAGAUCAGAACACCUCAAGAAACACCAGCAGAGAUCCACAGAGAAGAGAACUCACUGCUGCUCUGACUGUGGGAAGAGAUUCACCUCAUCAGCAGGCAUUAAAAUUCAUCAGAGGAUCCACACAGGAGAGAAACCUUAUAGCUGUGGUCAAUGUGGGAAGAGUUUUGGUCAGUUUGGCUCUCUGACUUUACACCACAGAAUACACACAGGAGAGAAACCUUAUAGCUGUGAUCAAUGUGGGAGGAGUUUUACUACAUCUGGCAAUCUGACUUUACACCAGAGAAUACACACAGGAGAGAAACCUUAUAGCUGUGAUCAAUGUGGGAAGAGUUUUGUUCAAUCUAGCGCUCUGACUUUACACCAGAGAACACACACAGGAGAGAAACCUUUUAGCUGUGGUCAAUGUGGGAAGAGUUUUGGUCGAUCUAGUUAUCUGACAGUGCACAAGAGAACACACACAGGAGAUAAACCUUAUAGCUGUGAUCAAUGUGGGAAGAGUUUUGGUCAAUCUGGAGAUCUGACAGUGCACCAGAGAACACACACAGGAGAGAAAUCUUAUAGCUGUGGUCAAUGUGGGAAGAGUUUUAGUCAAUCUGGAGAUCUGACAGUGCACCAGAGAACACACACGGGAGAGAAACCUUAUAGCUGUGAUCAAUGUGGGAAGAGUUUUAUUACAUCUGGCUCUCUGACUUUACACCAGAGAAUACACACAGGAGAGAAAUCUUAUAGCUGUGAUCAAUGUGGGAAGAGUUUUACUACAUCUGGCUCUCUGACUUUACACCAGAGAAUACACACAGGAGAGAAAUCUUAUAGCUGUGAUCAAUGUGGGAAGAGUUUUGGUCGAUCUAGCUAUCUGACAGUGCACCAGAGAACACACACAGGAGAUAAACCUUAUAGCUGUGAUCAAUGUUGGAAGAGUUUUGUUCAAUCUAGUAGUCUGACUAUACACCAGAGAACACACACAGGAGAUAAACCUUAUAGCUGUGGUCAAUGUGGGAAGAGUUUUGUUACAUCUAGCAAUCUGACUAUACACCAGAGAACACACACAGGAGAGAAACCUUAUAGCUGUGAUCAAUGUGGGAAGAGUUUUACUACAUCUGGCUCUCUGACUUUACACUUGAGAAUACACACAGGAGAGAAACCUUAUAGCUGUGAUCAAUGUGGGAAGAGUUUUGUUCAAUCUGGCCAUCUGACAUUACACCAGAGAACAAACACAGGAGAGAAAUCUUAUAGCUGUGGUCAAUGUGGGGAGAGCAUCUAGCAGUCUGACUAUACAGCAGAGAACACACACAGGAGAGAAAUCUCUUAGCUGUGACCAGAUAUAAUCUGAUAAAAGAUAUCUGAUCAAAUUUUGAGAAAAUACAUACAUGAAGGAGUUGUUUCAUGAUAUCAAUGAAUUAAUGUCACAAUGUAGAAUGUUUUAACAUUGUAGAAGGAGUAUUUUAAUGAUGUCACAAUGUAGGACCAUAAUUGUUUGCCCCCUGUUCUAUUGAUUUCAACAUGAUAUGGAUAUUAGCCUCAGGGGAAAAUCCAGGCUCUGAAUUGAAAGAGUACUAUUUAUGUGACUUAACAAAAAGUGACUAACAAAAAAAGAGUUGUUACACUUCCCACGUUGGUGACCCUCUUGAAUCAAAAUGCAACACUUCAAAAUGUAGCUAGUUAUCUAGCCCUUUUCUACAAUUUGUCCUCUAAACAGGGAUGUACACAUUAUUCCCUGAUUCCGUGUGGUUUUUGAGCUGUUAGUUUCAACAGGACGUGCAACCUCAUCUCCCUCCUCUCGGCACAAUUGAUUUCAACAUGAAAGCGAUGAGUGAUGACAAAUAAGUGUAGCGUUCCUUUUGUUUAGCAACCCCUACAUUUAAAUGCAUCACUGUUGCCCUGCUUUUAGAGUAUCGGCGUUCAUUCUCAGAUGUUCCAUCCCAAAUGUACUAGAGCAUGACAUUGGGGACUGGAUCCCGAUCCAACAACAUGCCUAUCUAGUGAACCCUGAAAAGAGAGAGAAGCUCCGCAGUGAGGUGGAAAGUUACUACGGAUAUUGCAGGAGUUUCCUCUUGAAAUCAGACAUGUCCGUGGUAAGGACAACUUGGUUGCUGAAUGUCUCAAGGGUGGGCAGUUAAAAAGAUUUGUGUUUUGCUUUUAGCCAGUUACCAUGGAUCACAAUUUAUUUUGACAUGUUUUUCCGUGUUGGAGAUGAGUUUUAUCUUUUAUUCUUAUCCGUAUUUUUUUUAAACUGCACUGUUGGUUCGGGGCUCGUAAGUAAGCAUUUCACUGUAAGGUCUACACAUGUAUUCAGCGCAUGUGACUAAUACAAUUUGAUUAGAUUGAUUUGAUUUGAUUUUGUUUGGGCUCGUUCCAAGGGGACCAGAGUUCUAGAAGCUAGUGAGUUUUAGGAUUCUACAGAAAGAAAAAUGUGAAAAAUAAUACCAUUGUAUACUAUUAUUUAGAAAUACGCGUUUAUUCUUGUUUUUAAUUGUUGACAGCCAGUAGACACCAUGUUUAUAUUGUAGAAGGUGACGCAUUGUAUUUGAUUAUGUGAAAUGGAAGUUGUUUUUUAGUCAGUUGUUCAACUGAAAUGUGUCUUCGGCACACCGAUUGCUGUCACCUCGUUAGUCAGUAUGUGUUACACCUGUGCUGGCUUGUCCAUCUCUUUAGUGGGAAGGUGUUUCACCUGAGCUGGUCCAGGUUCUAUUUAAGAGUGUCUGGCCCAGUGCUCUAGUUGUCUUGAUAGAUGUGGAGAGUCAACACCUUUAGUUGCUCCACCUUUUUGGUUUGCUUCCUGUCUUUAAAUUUGUUGUGGGUUUUUCUUUUGUUUGUCUCUUGGGCAGAUUUAGUGGGUCUCAUGGUGGGUGUCUUUUAAGUCCCAGUUGUUGUUACUAGUCAAUUUUCAGUGGACACCCCCAUUGUGUCUUUCAGAGCCCCUCCUAAAAAACAAGCUUAUAUUUUGGGUUGGAUAUAGCAUCAUAUUGUUUAUAUUUUAAUCAAUGUCAUUUCCUUACAAUGCUCAUUAGUCUUUCAGUUGUUAUUCUUCGUUUUUUUAUCCUCAAUAUUUCUGUUUAUUUUCAUUGUUUUUUCCUGUGAAGCCAUUGUGUUGCAUCCAUGUCUGAAAUUUGCUGUAUAAAUAAAGCUUGAUUUGAUUUCAAAAAAUUAA